AUGGAAUUUGGCCUUUACUUGCAUGAGGUAUUUGUCAGCGCAAAGCGAUCGGAGCUCCCGAUGACCGUCUUCGUCGGUGCGACUCUGGAGCGACUGGCCGCGCUGGAGGCUCAGUGCCGAAGUUACCCGGGGCCCCUCUCCGCGGCCAUCUACGUCCCCCUCUUACAAAUUCAGCAUGGUCCCCAGCUUACUUCAGAAAACAGCGACGUGUUGGCCAAGGCAACUGCGAGCAUCAGGAAGGUGUUUGAAAGCUUCGAAUUCGGAACAACCAUAUCCACGUCAGCAACAACUUCUCCAUCAUCGUCAUCAACAUCGCCAACACAUACAACAGCAACCGCUCCCGGCACGAGCUCCUGUGCCUUGACCGUGCUGCUCCUGUACGAGGUGGUUGCGGACCCGCCCCUCGCCGGCCUCGUGCCCAUCAACACGCUGCGCAACGCCGCCCUGCUGGCCGCCUCCACCCCACUGGUGGCCAUGAUCGAUGUGGAUCUGGCGCCGUCAGAGAGCCUGGGGGCAGAAGUGCUGAGACCCUUACGACUAGGCGGAGGAGGCGGAGGAGGAGGCAGUGUGUCCGAGCUGCUUCGUACAUGCUCCCAGCAGCGGGCCGUGUGGGUCCUGCCCGCCUGGGAAACCCACAAGCGGCUUGGCAGGGAAGAGGGGACGCGGGUGGCGCAGAUGGCACUCAGCGGUGACAAGGUGACUCUUCGGCGCUUCCAGGCGGACGAGCUGAUCCACUACUUUGCAAAACUGGCGUACGCCCGAGGCCACGCCGCCACCAACUUCAGCCGGUGGCUCGACUCCGACGUGCCGUACACUGUGCCGUACGAGGUCAAUUAUGAGCCUUGGUUCAUUGGGAGCAGGGCGCUGAUGCCGCCGUACGAUGUACGAUUUCGAGGGUACGGCUGGAACAAGGUUCGCGUGUGGCAGGGUGUGUCUGCCAGUGUGGGUCGUCUGUUCCACCGGCGGGUGUCCGCACUGCGCCACGUGUCCAUCCGGGACAUGCGGCGGGGCACCUACGUGGCGGCGGUGGACCCCCAGAUUCGCCACUGCAGGGGGGUGAGCUCAGGUCCGGAUGGCGUGUGA